AUGGAGCCUGCAUCAACCAUACCAUUAAACUUCAACUAUGACAACCAAUCUGACCAUUCAUUAUUCAAACUAUGGAAGCUAACUAGUGACUUGCUGUAUAUAAAGUGCACAAACAUAUCAACAACCGAAAGACUCAACAAUCGAUCUUGGAGACUACUUAAUCAACGUGUUUUACGACUUUGUCAGCACAAUAAAGCUCAUGACAGUUUUAGUCAAGACACUCACAAUCUCAGACGCAACACCAAUGAUGAACUAAAUGAUUUGUUCAAGGAAAAUCUAAAAGACUUGAAGCCCAAAACAACUCAAUUUUUGACAGAACGACCAACUUUAUUCAGCCAUUCAUCAAAUUUCAGUCUACAAACAAGGAAACGAAGUACACAAACGAGUUUAGAAUCACUUGCUUUUGAUACUAAACAAACUGUUGGUGGGCCUGGUAUUGUUCAUGAGGUUGAGCCUUUGGCCGAAUCAGAUAUGUCGGACAUUUCAGAAAUAUCUGAUGACGAAGAGGAGGAAGAAAAUGAUGUAGAAGUGGAGAAUAACGCGUCGGACAAAGAACCACCGAACAAGGAUAUCUCCCUUAGUGGUGAACAAGCAAGAGAGCUGAAACUCAGUGUAAACAAUGUUAGUCCGAGAGGUGUUGUUGAUACCUCAAAUCAUAAUUCACCACAUCUAUCAGCACCAACAAAGAACAUCACUGAGACGGUAUCACCGCGAAAUGCCCGUUGCAACCCCAGUGAUACUUUUUACAUAGGGAGCUCCUCGUCGAGUUCGAAUCACCACGACCACUCCAUCAAAUCCCACUUAACUGCAUCCAACCCAAAAUCAUCGCCUUUGCGUGAAGUUUCCACAGUCCAUGCCACGGAAGGGAAAAUUUUCAACUCAUCGUCAACUAGUAGUCAGCAAGUACCCAUUCAACAACCUCAAGUGCAGCGACAGAAUUCCUUAUUCAACAAUUUCAACUUCAAAGACAACUCAUCAGAAAUACUAAAUGGGUCUAGAAAAGCAUCCAACCAAACUAUUGAUGAAAUCGACCUCCGCCGUAAAAAUGGUAACUGUUCUUCAACCGACAUUUCUGAAGAUGAACUACUGGAUGAAGAUGAGGACGAAGAGGACGAAGAGGACGAAAAAAAGGACGAGAAGGAUUCUUUUAGCAACGAGAAACGUUCUGAGAAUACAUUCACACAGGCACAAUCUUUGCAUGACACAAACAUGAAUAUCAGUGCCACGAGAAAAAACUCUUCUGCUACAAGGAAAAACUCCACUGCCACAUCCGGUAGGGACGAUAAUGACAGCGAAUGGGUCUCGGUGUACUCAAGCUCAAUCAACUCCACUGCAGCGUCAUCCAAAAGUGUGCCAAAGCACCAAUCUUUGAAUUUUACCAAGAUUGAACCACCUUCUUCUGUUUUGUCGAAUGAAACCAUUUCAUCGUUGGACAACAAGAGAAGAAACUCUAAUUCUACACCGGUCAUCAACAAGCCAAAAUCGCUAUUGUCGGGAUUGUUCCUUAAUGAGAUGGCGCACUCGCAAUCUUCAACUCCCGUUCCCGCUCCCGUUCCCGCUCCUUUAACCGAUAAACCAAAGUUGCAAAGAUCAACAACUACAGGUGUAAUGACCAUUGAUGAAGAGAAUAAACGUCCAUCAUUAAUUUUCACCCGCAAGUUCCCCUCGUUUAGUGACAUUCCUCGCAUUGGCAAACGAGUGCAAUCCCCAGCUUCCAUUGCAACUAAUAGGACAAAUUCUUCAUCUUCUGCUUCCGAAAGCAUUGUGGCUGUUGAUGUCAAUAAUAGCUUUGAUGGCAAUAGCACACCACUCAAAAAGCAAGGUAGUAGUGUGAAGAUUUCCGACAUCAAUGUGUCCAAAGUGCCCAACAGCAAAACCACAGUAGAGGAAGAACACGAAUUGUUGUCAAAUAGUUUGAAUAAAUUGUCGCGGUCUGUGUCGCACCAUUCCUUGAUGAAUCUUUUAUCAAAGUCUUCUAUCAAUUUGAGUCGAAUAUACAUCAAUUCCAUGACCAAAUUGAAACCGGAGAGCAAUAACAAUAAUCGCAACUACAGCGGCAACUUUCGAUCGAAUGAUGUGCCUCAGUUUAAGGGAAAACCUGAUGCCGAUAAGAUUAACAGACCCAUUUCACCAAUUAAUCAACAAAAAUCCCCUGCUUCCGAAGCCACUCGCAAACAGUCGCCUAGUUCUCUAACCUCAGCAUCAUCAAUUCCUGUACACUCAUCCAGAUCAUUAGCCACACCUCCACCAUCAGCACCACGCGUUCCGAAAAUCACCACAACUGAUACAUCCAUAGACAAUAACAAAAACGCGGAAUCAAAUGACAAUACAGGCAAGGCGAUGACAGAAGAGGAAAGAGAGCUUUUUGAGAAUGAAGAGCUCAGCUCGUCCUUGCGUGAAGCGUUAUUAAUUGACCACAAGUUGGGUAGAGUUGCUAUGCCUGAUGGAGUCAUGAUUCAAAAAUCCAUUGUUGGUGGUGACCCGGCGGAUGAUGCUGUAUUUGAUGAUUACCAUGCUAAGGGGUGGUAG